CUUGUCUAUCUCAAACUCUAAACAUCCAUCAUCCACGCCAAAAGUUCGUCCAUCGCUGUUGACAGCCCCAAUAAACAUGGACUCAUCAAAAGCUCCCGUCAAACUCGCUAAGGUUAUCAAGGUUCUCGGACGCACUGGCUCUCGUGGUGGAGUCACGCAAGUCCGUGUUGAGUUUAUGGAUGAUACUACGCGGACAAUUAUCCGCAACGUCAAGGGCCCUGUGCGGGAGGAGGAUAUCCUUGCACUUCUGGAGAGUGAGCGCGAAGCUCGCCGCUUGCGCUAAAUCCCCAUAUUGUUCUUACCAUGUGUUCUUAGUUCUCUACCAUUGCGCAUGUACACGAAUCCCUCUACAUGAGUUAUACCGAAUCCUCCCCGAUCCCUUGUGAGGUCCCGCAUCCGAUCGCACCACAAUUCAAGUUUUAGCGACAAGGUAGUUGGAUAUAUGCGCGAAAAACACUGUUCGCCUAGUGCAGAUCGAUAUAGAUUGCACUAUCAAAUUAUUGUAAUUAAUUAGGACCGCAACCUCCGACUUCGAUCAAUAUCCGACUGUCCGAUUUUUCGGUAGUACUUUUUUGAGAGAUUAUCAAUCGAUUUACUGCUGUU